AUGAAUUCAACUCAAACAUUUUCAUAUCUUCAAAAGAACCCUUUGAACAAAAUUAUUGGUCUUUCAGUAAUUCUAUCCGUUGGGUUUCUCUUGGUUAUAUUGGCAGGGAUAUACGGAAAUUGGUUCCCUAUUAUAGUUGGCAUUAUAUUUGCUGUAGCACAUUUGCCAGUGGCAAUCACUAAGAACAUUGCUAGUAAUUCCGACUAUGAUUUCAAUUUUGAUUCUACAACCACUAAUUCCAGGGCUGUGAUUGAAAUUGGGCAGUUCUUGACGGCUUUCCUAUUGGUGAGUGGGGUUUAUUUACCUAUACUAUUAAACCACUCUUUGAUAUUGACGAAAACAGCUAUGGUUUUAACAAUAGUAGGCGGUUUAUUAAUUUACGGUACCGUAUAUACUUUUAGUCAUUAUUUUGAUGAGCCACAGGACGAGGAUGGUUUGGCUGACCUCGGAGGAGGUGUUAUUUGA